AUGGCCAAGGGGAAAGGAAAAGGCCAAAAAGGGAAAAGGAUCACUUUGAAAACUGCCAAAAACUCCAUCAGGAUCACUUUCGAUGGAAGGCGCCGUCUUGACUUAAGCAAGAUGGGUAUCACCACCUUCCCCAAGUGCAUUCUGAAACUAGAUGAUGUGGAUGAGCUGGACUUGAGCAGAAACAUGUUAAAAAAAAUCCCAGAUAGCAUCCAGAAGUUCCAGAAACUGCGCUGGCUGGACCUGCACAGUAACCAGCUCGAGGAGCUGCCUGAGGGAAUAGGUAUGCUCCAAAACCUUGUCUACCUGAACCUAAGUAACAACAAGCUGACCACCAAAAAUCUGCCAGUGGAACUGAACCUCCUCAAGAACUUGCGCACUCUUAACCUUGGCUUGAACCGUCUUGACAACAUCCCCACCACCCUCGGGGCCCUGAAGGAACUUAAGGAAGUAAGUCUCUUUGACAACUUCUUGACUGCCAUUCCAAACAGCGUGGCAAAGCUCCCCAAGCUCAAGAAACUGAACGUAAAGAGAAAUCCUUUUCCCGAUCCAACACAACAAGAAGAGCCUGUUGACUCCAUAAAACGCACAGAAACUCUUUACUUAGUGCAAGAGAAAGACCUGUGCUGUUCCUGCCUGAAGAUGUGUCAGGAUGAAAGAGACAAGCUGAACAAGCUAAAAAACACAAUACCCAGCUCCUCGAAGAAGCCCAAUUUCCCUUCCCUCCUUACACCCAAUUCCACUGCAAAGGAGAACCAAGAACAAUGGAGAUAAGACGCAAACAUGCCUGGUAUUUACCAAGGCACUCCACAGAGCUGCACCAUAAAAUCCAGCCCAAGUUAAUAAACAUCUGUCCUCCUCCUGCUUCCAUUUUCCUGCAGUUCUCAUCCUUUAUAGACUUGCUCAGUUUUAGGAGCUGCAGAUCUGCAUGGUCUCUAAAACUAAAUCCAAAACAACUGAAACAGAUGUAUACUUGGGAAAGAAUUCAUCAGAAGGACUAUUUCCUAGCAUCCAGGCCCGUUCCUACAACAC